CCUUCGACGCAGAAAACCCAACCACAGGAGAAAGCCAACCACAGGAGAAAAAAAAAAUGAGAACGCAAUUACUCACCUUGUUCGAUCAAGAACAACAAAAAUCAGCACACAGAAGAAACCUUCACGAAGCAGCAAUGAAAGGUUCACUACCCUCUCUCCCCCAAACCCUCGACCAAACCCCCCUCGUCCUCACCUCCUCCCCGCCGCCUUCGCCGCCCUCCUCCACCGACACGCCCCUCCACGUCGCCGCGCUCCUGGGCCACCUCGACUUCGCCAAAUCCCUGCUAAACCAGAACCCCGACCUCGCCGGAAAACCGAAUUCCGACGGCUUGACGCCGCUUCACCUGGCGUCGGCCAAAGGGUACGCGGAGAUAGUCAAAGAGCUUGUCUCGGUGAAUCCCGACGUGGGUUUCGUGUUGGAUCGCGACGGGAGGUCUCCCUUUCAUCUUGCUUGCAUCAAAGGGCGAGUUGGGGUUCUGACCGAGUUGCUCCGAGUUAACCCGGAGUUGGCUCGGGCGGUGACCGGCGGAGGAGGAGAGAGUUGUUUGCAUCUUUGUGUGAAGUAUAACCGGUUGGAGGCUUUGAAGGUGGUGGUUGAGGGUUUUGGGAAAGAUGAGUUUGUGAAUUGGAAGGAUGGGGAUGGCAACACUGUUCUGCAUCUUGCUGUGGCCAAGAAACAGCUUGAGAUCAUAAAAUUCUUGCUUGUUACAACUGCAAUUGAAGUAGGCAGAAGAAAUGCACAUGGUUUGACAGCAUUGGAUGUCUUAUCACAAAGUCCAAGAGAUUUAAGGGACAUGGAAAUCAAGCAGUGCCUUCAGGGAGGUGGAGUUUCUACAAGAUUUAACAGCAAUGGCGAAAUAACAGAAGUUUUUUCGAUUAGAAAGAAGAAAGAGUUGCAGAAUGGCAUUAGUAUAAAAGAGCAGCCCAAGAAGCACAAACACACAGAUUGGCUGGGAAGGAAGCGAAGCUCGUUGAUGGUGGUGGCGUCACUCAUCGCUACAGUUGCAUUUCAAGCAGCAAUAUCACCCCCAGGUGGCGUUUGGCAAAACGACAGCACUACAGAUUCAAAUGGCGAGUCUGGAGAGAAAACCUCACACGAAGCGGGUCAGUCGGUUAUGGCCUACAACAUUCCAGUGGCAUACGGGCAGUUCAUGAUCUUCGACACCAUUGCAUUCCUCGCGUCGCUGAGCAUAAUUCUGCUACAAGUAAGCGGAUUACCUAUAAAGCGACGGAGAUGGAUGUGGGUUCAAAUGGUUACCAUGUGGAUUGCAAUCACCGCGCAAACUAUCACGUACUUCAUUACGUUCAUUCACAUGACUCCCAAAAACAAUCAGAAAACCCUUUACGAAGUGACGAAGAUUUCCGUGCUGGCUUGGCUGUUGUUGAUAGCUAUUGUCUUCAUUGGUAACUUCAUUCGGGUGAUCACAUGGCUUCUCAGAAAGUAUGGAUACAUCAAAGAGGAAGAGGAUCCAAAUAACGGAGAAGAUGACGAGAACGAUGAUCUUUGAGAGGGAUUAUACAUAUACUGGUGAGAGGGAUUACACAAAUACUGGUAAGAACUGAGAAGUGAUUAAAGUGUACUGUAGAAUUUGCCAAAUUAUUUUGAACGUCUUUAAAUCAUCUUUGCAAACUCUUUUUUAAACCA